AUGGACAAUAGUAUUUUGCCUGAUAUUACACUUUUACGGAACAAUAUUGAUUUUGCUUCCAUUGCACAGUUCUUUCAUACGUUCUAUACAGCUUUUCAUCCAUGGCCUAUGACUGCUAAUGAUAUUAUAUAUGCUCGUCAAAUUGAUUCGAAUGAGUAUGUAUUUGAAACUGAGGACCUUGAACGCAUGAUACUUGAUCCAGUAGAACGAAUUCGGUUAGAAGAUUUAAUGGUGCGUAUGUUGCGAUUCUCGACUAAAAAUCGCUUUAUAAAUGUCUCUACUUGGCAGACUUGUUUUUCCAAAGAAUUUGACAAAAAGCAGCAAGAAGGCAUGAAUCCAUUUGUAGGUCAGGAUCAAACAAUUGAUUAUUUUGACAUGGCACUUGAUGUACGAGUUCAUUUGUUGUAUUUGUUAUGCGAGUGGCAAUUAGAUGAACCUGAGAAACUAAGAGAGCAUUUGGUAUCAGAAGAUGAUGCUGUGCAAUGGAGAGUAGAUCCAAUUGGUUAUGAUAGAAAAGGAAGCAUUUUUUGGCUGUUUGAUGAUAACCGGCUUUAUAAAGAAACACCGGAACCAGAAAAAAUCCAAAAGCCUGCUACUAUUAUAAAAAGACGUCCCACCGGUACUCGUUCAAGCUCUCGCAGAUCAAAAACAAUAGAAAGUGAAGAAGACGAUAAUAAUGAUAAUGAAGAAUGGACACCUUGGAAAUUGAUUUGUCUCACUAAAUUUGACUGGGAAAAUAUCGCAACUAAAUACGCCAAUAGUAAACACAUUGAUGAGCAACGAUUCCAUCGCUUUCUUGUGAAUGAUUUAGUACCCAAAGUCUUACCAGCACUAGAAGAACGAGAGAAAGAGAGGAAGAAACAAGAAGCCAUGAUCCAUCGUAAGCGAAGCUCUCGUCUUAUGGUGAGAGAAUUAGAAUAUUAUGAUCUUGGACCGAGAACAUCCAGCCGUUUAGAAAAGAAACAAGAAGAUAAAGAGAAGCAGGAAAAGGAGCAAUUAGCCAAAGCAAGGAAGGAACGACUUUUGGAACGCGAAAGGCGUUUGAUGGAACGAGAGUAUCGCGCCAUGACUCGUGAAAAACGUCAAGAGGAAGAAGAAUCUGUGGAAACCAUGAUAGAGCCAACACCAAAAAAAGAAGAGACAAAAGAAGGAAAGAAGCCAAAACGCAAAUAUACAAAGAGAUUGGAUGAGCAUGGAAAUCCUCUACCUAGAAAACCAAAGUUAGGCGUCGAUGGAAAUCCGAUUCCACUCAAGAAACGAGGACGUAAACCAAAAAACAAAAACGUUGAAGAAGACAAUUGGUUAUUUGAAUGUGUGUGUGGCAUUUCUGGACAAAAUCUGGAUGAUGGUUCGUCUAUGAUUGCUUGUGAGCAAUGUGGUAUUUGGCAACACAUUGCUUGUCUCGAAAAAUCCGGACAGAUUGAACAAAAAAAGAAAUUAGACGAUAUUCUCUUUGUAUGUCAGAAAUGCAAACAGAAUGAACACAAUAAGAAGCAAAAGAUAGAACACAUUGGUAUAGCACCUUUUCAAGGAUAUCAGCCCAUUGCACCUCAGCAUGUUCCUUUACCAAUUUCAUCCCAUACUGUACCAUCCUAUCUUUCAAAUCAGAACAACGAUGUUACACAUGCAGCAGCACAACAUGAUCAAAGUGGCUUACCGCCUCAUCUAUGA